UAUUGUGAUAAAUGCUUCGUAUGGUACAUUUAGGUGGUUCGAGUUAAGUUUUCACUAUGGCCUAAUUACUGUGUGAUGUUUAGACGUAGAUACCUAAAUAGUGUCAAUUAAGUGUUCGCUAUCGUAGGACGAAGGGCGCGGCGCGUGGCAAGAAGAAACUAUGGAUGACGACCAGCAGUUCUGCCUGCGGUGGAACAACCACCAAUCAACGCUGGUGUCAGUGUUUGAUACUUUGUUAGAGAAAGGAAUUCACGUGGACUGCACCUUGGCUGCUGAAGGACAAACACUCAAGGCACAUAAAGUAGUUUUGUCUGCGUGCAGUCCUUAUUUCGAGAGUGUAUUAUCUCAACAGUAUGAUAAACAUCCGAUAAUUAUUUUAAAAGAUGUAAAAUAUGCAGAGUUAAGAGCUAUGAUGGAUUAUAUGUACCGCGGUGAAGUAAACAUAUCACAGGACCAACUGGCGGCUCUGUUGAAAGCAGCAGAGUCGUUACAAAUCAAAGGUCUCUCAGAUAACAAGCCGUCAAGGCCACCGUCGCGCCCUGCCCAAGCAACAGCACACCCGCCUCGUGCUCCGUCUCCGCCUCCACAAGCCCGAGACGGUAGCGUCGACAGUCGGGAGGGUUCAAUGAGUCCCACUCGACGUCGGAAGAAAGCGCGUCGCACGUCCGGUUCGCCAGCGCCGGUGGCUGCCCCCGCGCCGCCCGCCCCCACGCCCCCUCUGGAGCCCACGCCCUUGAAGGAGGAGGUGUCGCGAGACGGAGUGGAAGACCUGACACUUGACGAGUCCGAGGAGCAGCCCAAUGUUACGCACAACGAUGUCGUUCGCAAUUUCCAAUGGCAUAUGGAAAGAUCUCAAGACGAAAUAAUGAAUUCAAAUGACAGUGUCCGAGAGAGUCAAGGUAAAAAAACGCAGACUCCGAGACAUAGUAUAAUGACGCGAAGUAAAAAAGUGAGCGAGGAGACGUUCACGACGACGCUCGCCAUCCUCAAGAACGUGAGCGCGCCGGCCGAGGAGGCCAAGGAGAACAGCGCCGCGCCCGCGCCCGCGCCGCCGCGCUACCACAUCCUGCCGCGCGGCGAGCAGUCGCUGCCGUGCGCGCAGUACAAGACCGACAAGGGCUACCGCUGCCCCAACUGCCAGCGCUGCUACAACGCGCGCAAGAACCUCGUGCGCCACGUGACGCUGGAGUGCGGGCGCGAGCCGCAGUACAAGUGCCCGCACUGCGCCUACAGCAAGCACCGCCGCAACGAGCUCAAGAAGCACAUGGAGAAGAAGCACCCCGACCUGGCGCAGCCCGCGCCCUCGCCCGCGCCGGCGCCCGCGCUCGUCAAGCUACACAAGGAUAACCACCUCCCGUCCGCUCUGUUGUCGCUGCUGUCGGCGCGCGCGCAGUCGCAGUCGCUGGCGGCGCUCGUGCCGCCCUGCAUCCAGCUCACCAGCGUCUCGAAACCCUCCCUCGGCAAAGACGUCGCAUCCUUCCCGCCCCUCCACCUCCCCAAAGUGCCCCUAGACAUCCCUGACGACCUCAAGACGCACCUGCUCCAGCAGGCCUUUCUACAGAACAAUAACACGCUGGGCAAGCCGGAGGAACCGGACUCGGAGGACUACGACGACACGGACGACAUCGUUCUGCCAGAAGAAACGGAGGCCUUCUACGACACCAGCUACUCGACCAACUCGGGGAGCCACAACUCGGUCGGCGACUUGUUCGAAUCUAAGCACGACACCAAGGGACAUAUGAAACGCGACGGCAACAGCUCCGACGACGCCAGCCGACAGUUCGAGUGCAGGCACUGCGGAAAGAGAUACCGGUGGAAGUCCACUCUGAGACGUCACGAAAACGUCGAGUGCGGUGGCAAAGCACCCUCCCAUCAGUGUCCGUACUGCUCUUACAAGGCCAAGCAGAGGGGAAAUUUAGGAGUUCACAUCCGAAAGCACCACAAUACCGAGUGGUACAUUUACGCUAGCAACAAAGUGAGGCGAAAUAAAAAAACGUCGAUAUAGAUUUAUUUAGAGAAAACACAUUAGACCAAAGUAGAUACCUAACCAAAUCGGUACUGCAAUAAUAUUAUUUAUAUUUACGUUUGUUAAAGACAUAUUAAUAUACACUAAAGAUAAUAGUUAUAAUGUGCACAUUCCCUAACGGCAUUAGCAUUAAUUUGUUGUUUUUUGUUUUAGAGUUUAUUGUCGUAGUUAAGACUGACCUUGAGUAUUUCUCUCAGGAGAACAUUUUACUAUAUUUAAUUCGACGCCCAUUGUAUCUCCUUCCAAAUGAAUAGUCUGACCUGAAAGGUUAGCUAUCGUGUAAAAUAUUGUUUGUUAGUUUCAAUUACUCGAAUUUGAUUUAGUUAUAGUAACCUCGUAACAUUCCUGCUGCGGAAUAAUUCCAAAAAUAGUAAAACUAGUGCAAUUGAUGUAAAUAAAUGAAUGAUAUUCAGUCUAUUUUAAAAUUUAUAUCGGAAAGGUUACUUUCGUCACGGGUAAAAAAUUUAAAUAUUCUCCACCUAAAGGUUUGAUUUGUUUUUAUUUUCUUGUUGUAUAUUUAAAUUAUUUAACAAUUUAUCAGGGACCACUAACUUGUCUUCCCAUUAGUAGACGAUCCAAAGUUUUUAUUUAAUAGUUUUAAUGUUGUUUAUUAGGUUAUUAAUUUAGGACUACAAAGUCCUUAUUUAGAUGCCUCGUAUUUGAGGGAUGAUGACCUUCGAUGAUUGCGAGAUCAUCUAAAUUUAGGUAAGCAAAAGCUCAUCGAUUAUGUGCCUACAAUGUUACCUGUAGAUAAUAUAAAAUAUUUAUUAUAUUACCUGGUAUAAUAUUUCGGUUUACUGGGAUAUAAAUGUGUUCAAAAUUAAAAAAAAAAAAAAAAAAAAAGAAAAAAAUAUGUUUGAUAUUAUCUGAUAUUUUAUUCGCAAUAAAUAAUAUUCAAGUUUUUUAGCAUAUUGACUGUUGAUAUUUUUUGUUGUUAACUUAGGAUAACAAAGCUAUUUGACCAAAGUCAGUAUUAGUUUAUUAACGUUGGUGUAACUUAAACGAUGUUAUUUGUUAUUAAAUCGAGUCAUCGCUAAGCAUUGAAUAAUAAAUUAAAUUUCGAAUGCAAUGUUUCCAUCAUAUCAUACUAGUUGAAGGUUUUAGGUAAUGUAUGGAUUAGAAUAAAAUUUGGAUGUUAUAAAGUUCACAUUGUUUGUUAAUGUUAUUGGAUUGAAUUAGUUUAUUAGAGUGACUUUUAUAUGAAUAUAUUGGGGUUUACUUGGUAGAAAAGUUUAAUAAAAUAUAAAUAUAUUAUACA